AUGUCUACCACCAGCAAGUCCGAGCAAGCCGUCGCUUACGCCGCCUUGAUCCUUGCCGACGAAAGCAUCGUCAUCACACCUGAGAAGCUUCAGACACUACUCAAGGCUUCAGGAAUCGAGGAUGUCGAACCCAUUUGGACUACGCUUUUCGCGAACGCACUGAAGGACAAGAACGUCAAGGAAUUUCUAACCGCGGUCACGGCUACGCCAGGCGGUCGCAACACCGUUACCGACAUCAAGCCAGAUGGAGAGACACCUGGGAAAGAUGGAGACAACGAGAAAAACGAAGAUGAAGGUAUCGAUAUCGACGCGGACUCUGAUGAUGGCUCUGCCUUUGGAGAUCUAUUUGGUUAG